AUGCCGGUCGGAGGAAGAGUGGCCGGCAAAGGUGUCGGCGUACACAAUUCGGGUGGAUCUAGCGACGGGCACGCGUCCGGUGGUUUCAACGAGGAGGUCAUAUGGAUCAGCAUCGGCAUGAGUAUCGCCAUCGUCAUACUGAUAACGAUAGCUCUGUGCUAUUUGGCUCGGCAGCGGUGCAAGAAGAGACAGGAGAUAAGCGUACGCACUUAA